UUCCUGCUGCCAGCCUGUGCUAGUAAGAACUGUGGAGGUUCUGGGAGAGAAGGUGGGCCUGGGAGGGUGCCUGGGGCUGGGAGUGACCCUUUGGUGCUCCCCCCACCCACCCCAGGCACCAAGGAGAGCCCGCAAGCGUGCAGAAGGUGGCGCCACCUCCAAUGUCUUCUCCAUGUUCGAUCAGUCCCAGAUCCAGGAGUUCAAGGAGGCCUUCACCAUCAUGGACCAGAACCGGGAUGGUUUCAUUGACAAGGAGGAUCUGCGGGACACUUUUGCUGCGCUCGGCCGUAUCAAUGUCAAAAAUGAGGAGCUGGAGGCCAUGGUGAAAGAGGCACCAGGCCCCAUCAAUUUCACUGUCUUCCUGACCAUGUUUGGGGAGAAACUGAAAGGCACCGACCCGGAGGAGACGAUUCUCCAUGCCUUCAAGGUGUUCGACACAGAAGGGAAGGGCUUUGUCAAGGCCGAUUUCAUCAAAGAGAAGCUCAUGACCCAGGCAGACCGCUUCAGCGAGGAGGAGGUGAAGCAGAUGUUUGCUGCCUUCCCACCAGAUGUGUGCGGCAACCUGGACUACAGGAACCUGUGCUAUGUCAUCACGCACGGAGACGAGAAGGACUAGGGCAUGUUGCGGGCUACGCUGGGGCCUGAAAGUGCUGGGCAGGCAGUGGAGGGCAG